AUGCUCUUUCUCCUCUGGCCAGUCUUGGCGGCGGCGAGCCGCGGCGGCGGUGAGCCGCGAGGCAACGCGACGGCGACGACGAGCGGUGGGCUGCCGCACUUUGAGCUGCACUUUGAGCCGCACUUUGAGCUGCCGCGGCCAUGGACUCGUGGCGCUACCAUCACUGCCGUCGCGCUAAUGCGCGGCCCACCAGACUCUCCGUCGGGCUUCUGUGCCGACUCGCCGAGCUGCACGGUUCGCGCGUGGAACGCCAAGGCCGGCAAGUACUCUUGUGGGCAGCGCGUGGCCUUCUUGAUGUCGCGAGAGGGAGGCGGCAUGGAGGAGGAGCCUGCGUGCCGCCAGAUCGCGGAGAGAGAGUUUCCAGUGCAAUGCAGAGGCUGCCACCCGGACUGGCGCAAGCCGGUCUGCGACGAGAGCUGCGUCGGCAGUCCUCUCUACUCUGGCGACGGGGUCUGCGACGACGGCGGUUACGGCUCAGAGUGGUCUGCGUGCGACUAUGGCACUGACUGCAGCGACUGCGGCCGCCGCGCGGACCUUCCGCUGCCACCGCCGCGCUCACCGCCAUCGCCGCGGCUGCCUCCUGCGCCGCCUCGGCCGCCGUCGCCACCAGCGCCGCCGCACCCGCCCCCACGGCCGCCGGGGGCGCCGCCACCGCCACCGUCACCGCCGUCGCCGCCACCUGAAUCCCCGCCGCUGCCGCCGCCGCCGCGACCGUCUCGGCCACCACCGUCGCCGGCGACGCCCGUGCCCGCCGACUGGCUCGCAGACCUCACCGAGUUCGCCGACUUCCUCUUUCAGCCCGACCCGCCGCCGCCGCCGCCGCCGCCGCCGCCGCCGCCGCCGCCGCCGCCCGCGCCGCCCCCCUCGCCGCCGCCGCCUUUUGCACCCCUGCCUCCGUAUCAGCCGCCGGCGUGGUGGCGGUUCUGGGAGGAGGGCAACAUGCUGCGAGGGCACGCGGCGGGCGCGGCGGGGCUGGAGGCGGGCGGGGCGGAGGAGCCUGCCGAGAAGGCCGCCUCGGGCUGCUUUUUCAACCACCGGUGGACCUUCCCGUGCGCCUCCGCGCCGCCGCCCCCUCGCCGAUUUGCGAGCUCGCGGCCGCCGCGCCAGCAGCACGUUGUCAGCCAGAAAGGCGCAUGGACACAUCCAUUCGCAGCGGCGCAGGAGCAGACGGAUUCUAAGGCGAAGUUUGUUGAGCAAGGGGGCACGCUGCAGGAGGGGGGCGCGGGCCGGCGCUGA